CCUCAACACAAACGGCCAGAAACAUCACAACCUCUUCCUUCUCCGCCCCCCAGAACACCAAAAUGUCGCGCCUUACUGACUUCAAACUCCUCUGCUUCGACGUCUACGGCACCCUCAUCGACUGGGAGACUGGCGUGCUCAACGCCUUGCAGCCCCUCCUCCUCUCCGCCCACAAUGCCACCUUUACUCGUGGGAAACUCCUCACCGUCUACCACGAGUGUGAGGCUUCGCAGCAGUCUGAGACCCCGGACAUGAAGUAUCAAGACCUCCUGGCCACCAUCCUCCCCCACGUCGCCUCGAAGCUGGAACUCCAGGCACCAAGCGACGAGCAGUGCCAGCAGUUUGGCGCCACCAUCGGCCAGUGGCCUGCCUUCCCUGACAGCGUCGACGCGCUGCAGAGACUGGGGAAGUACUACAAGCUCGUCGUGCUCUCGAACGUGGACGUCGAGUCGUUCCGCAAGAGUCUGGCCGGACCCCUCGCCGGCGCGCAUUUCGACGCCAUCAUCACUGCGCAGGACGUUGGGAGCUACAAGCCCGACCAGCGUAACUUUGAGCACAUGCUUCGCGUAGUUGGCGACAAAUUUGGCGUUACAAGGGAGCAGGUGCUGCAGACGGCGCAAAGUCAAUUCCACGAUCAUGAACCUGCCAGGAAGCAGGGCAUCAAGUCGAGUUGGAUUUAUCGCCCGGGCGCGGCCAUGGGCAACACGGGCGGUGAGAUUUACGAUUGGAAGUUUGCGACGCUGGGCGAGAUGGCGGAUGCUCUGGAGAAGGAUUUGGCUGGAUCAGAUGUGUGGACAUUGGUUGAUGGUCUCCCCGAAUAAGCUCAAGAGCUUGUUGUUUUAGUCCUCGGAAAGCCUGUUCUUAUCUCGAGAUUGUGGUCCAUGAAUCUGUCUCAAGAGAAAACUCAAACUUUGUGUGUUAACAAGUAUAUAUUCAGCGCUCGUCGCCCAUUCACCGAGCUUG